AUGACGAUACAUCCGUCAAGGACUUGUAAUCUGCUUACCGUUCUCCCUCAACCUCCAUGGACACAGCCUCUGGAUUGGGACCUUAGGAUGACCUGGGAAUGCGAAAAACGUGUAUUCUUCCCGGCAUACGUGAAGCAGCAUGACACCAGUAACCCGUCGCAACGCUCGCUCGGUAGCUUCCCCCACUUCCAAAGGCUUCCUGCCGAGCUACAGGUUCGCAUUCUUUCUUGCUGUCCAGCGUCAACCCUAUGGCAGCUCAUGCGUGUAUCUUCCACGCUACGCAUCGAAUCUUCGAAACUGUUCUGGGCAAGCCCAAGCGCCUCGUUUCUCCUAUCUGCUGACUGGCUAUUGGGAGGUGGCUACGCUGGACGUACUUAUCACGACCUUUCAUUCCUUCGCCACGUACAGAAUGUAGGGAUUGAAUGCCACUGUCUGUACGAUGAGCUUUGGCCAGAACGCAAGGCGAAUGAUCCGUUCUACUCUGAAGACGUACGGCAAGAUGUGGUGGAUAUCAUGUGGACUACUUUGAGGAAGACAUGUCCAAGGAUUAAGAGCGUGGUGUUCAACCACCAGAAGAUAAUGUCCUCAGUAGACUUGGAGGGAGCUGGAAAUGUGCCGGAAUGCUUGAAAGCGUUGAUACAAGCUUGUCCGAGGAAUAUCGUUGCAGAAGUAUCCAUCGUGGAGGAGAGAGAAGGACGUUAUUGGAACAAUGGCACCUACAGCGAUUUCUACAACGUAGAAUGCAGGAGAGCACACUAUCGGCCUCUAGAGGGUGGAGGCUGGGAGGAACUCGUGUCGAAAGACAAGCAGGACGCAGUGCUGGUGCCUGGACGACGAUUUCGUGGAAUAGUCGGGCAUUUUGAGAAAAGCUACUUCCUUUUUGAGAGAAGGGUCCUCCAGGAACGUGCAUUCUGGCCCCUUGUUAUCGAAGCGUUGGAUCGAUACCACUUCGACGAUGGAAGGAAUAAUGCUUUCCAGUGUCCAAGCGUAGACUGUGGUUCAGUAUUUACGAAACCAGGUGAAUGGACAAUACAUGCAGCAAGUACAAAACAUGGUUGGGCCAAAGUAAGCGAUGGUUUAUUCGACAUACUACCCUCAGAAUUGAGAGCUGUGUUUGAGACCAAGUUCAAUCUGAUAGAGGCCAAGCAACAAGCAUCGGGGGAGGAGUCUACUAAGAUGUCUAAGGAUUGGAACGAAGAAGGGGAGGAGAGGAGAAAAGAGAUGGAACAAGAGUUCCUUCAACAACUGGAGAACGAUGCAGAUUGGGCGACAGGGGAGCAGGCAAUGGAUCAUCAGAUCUGGAAAAACUUUAUCAAGGUGAUGCAUCCGGAAUGGAAUGGAGUGUAG